AUGCGGGAAGAAGAGCUGGAGGUAGCUCUGAAGGUUGUGAUCGUCGGCGACGGUGGUGUUGGCAAGUCUAGUAUGAUACAAAGAUACUGUAGAGGAACCUUCACUAGGGAUUACAAGAAAACCAUCGGGGUGGACUUUCUAGAGCGACAGAUCGAUAUCGAUGGUGAAGAAGUGAGACUGAUGCUUUGGGACACGGCUGGUCAGGAAGAGUUCGACGCUAUAACUAAGGCGUAUUACAGAGGAGCACACGCGUGUGUAUUGGCUUUCUCAACAACAGACAGAGACUCCUUUUUAGCUUUGCAUUCAUGGAAACUUAAGGUUGAAAACGAAUGCGGAGAAAUUCCUACAAUAAUAGUCCAGAAUAAAAUUGACCUCAUGGAUCAAUGUGUGGUCGGACCUGACGAGGCGGAGUUAGUGGCCCGGGCGUUGGGUUGCCGCUUAAUGCGUGCGUCUGUCAAAGAGGACGUGAAUGUUGGCGCCGUGUUUCGAGCGCUAGCCUCGCGCUGCCUCGCCGACCUGAGAGCUGACAGUGAACCUCCUCCAACAGCCACACCACUUAUAGGUACAUUUACAAACCACAACAGCAACGGAACCAUCUUACUGAGACCGACGAAGCAUCGUUCCGGUAAAAAGAAGAACGUGCUCAAAAGCGCUUGUCGUAUAUUGUAA